AUGACAUCGUCAGAAAGCGAAGAUCACCCCGCUUCGAGAAAACGCAGUAGAGUCCAGAAGAACACGGAUUCUGCCAACAAGAAGGCGAGAGGACGCCCCCGAGUUGAGGCAGAAGAUGCCACUGCCGCUGAUCGACGCCGCACCCAGAUUCGUCUGGCUCAGCGAGCAUACCGGCAGCGGAAGGAAACAACCAUAUCCUCACUGAAGGAGCAAAAUGCUCGCCUGUUAUCAAUCAUUGAGGAGAUGAACCAAACACUCUCCCAAUUUCACGAGUCUGUCCUGAAGGAUGGGAUCCUGCAAUACAGCACUCGUUUGGCACAUGACCUGAAGCAAAUGAGCGACACUUUUGGUGCCCUAACAAAGACCGCUUUAGCAGAAGGGAGCCAUGAGAGGAGUCGAGAAGAUGCAGACACAGAGAUCGAUCCGCCAGCAGGGUUGCAGAAUGCGAGUUCAGCUGCUCUGACGUCUCCGGAGUCCAAUCAGACUACGCAGUACCAUCUGCCAAUUGCGCAAAGGCCAUCAAUGGGCUGGGCCUCGGAUUCUCAUACUGUUAGUGCUAUGGAAACCCCACCGGAAGCCCAGGAGGACAAUGUUUCGCUGAACCUUUUCGACGCCUAUGAACGAGAGAAUGUAACCGCUCUUGCUCGAAGAUUCCCUUUGACGACGAGCACAAUCUUUGACCAGUCAAGCUCUCAAAGUACAGGUCGAGGCUCGUGGCCGCAAUUACCUUUUGGCCUGGUCCACAUUGAUGACGAGCAAGCGGAGCCACAGCUCUUCAAUGUGAACAUUCCUACUCCGGCCAUGACACCGCCAACCUUGGGAAGAACGACUCCGCCGCUCCUAUCGACUAGAACACUCAAGCCCAGCUGGACCUACAGCCAUGAGGAAACGACCUUCGCUCGCCGACUCGGCCGAGCUUGCCUGGAAGUCGGGUUCCACUUGCUUAGCUCGCCACACCUGCGACCGGCUGUUCUCAACUUUGUCUUCAAGCUGUCUUUGGCUUAUUUGACCAUUGACCAAUUACGCGACCGUUUCAAGAUGCUGCUAAAGCGCGGAGUUACCGAGGACCUGGACUGUGUGGGCACGCCCUUCGCCCACUUUGGAGGUUCAGGAACGCAUUACGCACGAAAGAGUGUCGCGGCGAAGUUGCCAGGCAACCAUAGCUCCUGGAACGUAAGGAGCAUUGGGCCAUUGCAUUCGAAGUUAGCGCGUAUUGAAAAUACGACGGACCCCUCCAAGGGUCUAGAUCUCAACGUCGACAUCAGCGGAUAUGAAGGCGAAUGGUUCGACUGCGAGGAUGUGCAGGGCUAUCUGGAGCAGGAAAAAGGCUGCUAUAUCAACCCAAGGGAAUCCUUUGCCCAAGUGGAGAUUGAUAUCGAGGAGGAGAAGAGCAUGCAUGAGCUGGGGAAUCUCGCGUUUUCGAGCAAUGUUGAUCUCAACCUGGACCUGUCCAGUGCCUCUGGUCCCUCUCUCUCUGGUGCGGAUGGCUCGAGUCCGAGCAGCGGCACGUGGAGCACAGGAAAUGCGUCCAAUAAGAGCAGUCCCAUCAAUAACGAUUCCGUUGUCGGUACAAACACAGGUAUCAAUUUUGGUAUGGGUUCUCUUUCGAACUCCGACGGCUUCAGCGGGUUUGAUCUGUCAACCAUGAUGAACCAGCCAUUCAACCUCGACUUUACCUCUGGAAUGGAGGCGAACGGUAAUACUACGGCUGUCCUUGCGGGUUAUUCUUCGUCCCUUGACACCAUUCGGACUCCACCGAUUGAUCUCACAACCACGGAGAUGCUUACCGUUGUGCAGCGGAAGAGGAAGAAGCCAGCCUGGGUGGAUGUCUCUAAGCUGAUUGACGAGCUAUUAAGGAACAGUGUUUGUUUAGGUCGGACACCUGGAUUUCGGAGGAAAGAUGUGGAUCGAGCGUUCCAAGCUUCUUUGAUCAGCGCUUUUUAA